AUGGCUUGCAUAGGCUCGCCGAGGGUAUCGACUCCAGCAUCCUCAGUGAACCUGGCAGUCACCGACAGAAUGUGCUUUAUAUGCCUUGAGGGUCCCGAGGGUGAGUGUGGCGAGCUCGUCCCGUGUUGCGAUCGAUGCUAUGCUCACGUUCAUCGAGGGUGCUGGGCGGAGUGGAGGCAGAAUCAAAGGAUGACGGCCCUACGAUCCCGUCUUACUGGUCUAAGGCCGGCUGGUACAGAUCCCUUCCUCUGUUCGAUAUGCAAGACUGGCCAGGCUUGUGUGGAAGGAGAGAGUCAUGACGUGGCAUGGCUAGCAGCGGUCACUGGUUCUCGAUCAAGUCGCGGUCGGCAGAGCCCAUGGGAGGUCCUUGGAUCGUUCGGAGCACGGUCAGAUGCGUCGUCCGAUUCGGAUGAAGAUGACGAUUUAUUUGCGGACUCGGAGGGAGUUGAGGACUCCCCUGUUUGCAGCCCAUGGUUGGCCGCGAUCAACUUCGCAGCUCUGAUGGUCUUUGCGAUACUUACGCCGCUCGGCAUCAAUCUGGGCUGGGGAAGUGCAGGAGAUGUCAUUCUGGUUGGUUUCGUUGGACUUUAUCAGAUCGAACAUCUGAUGGGCUUUGAAAGCCUAGCCACUGAAGCGGUGCGAACAUUUUGA